AUGUCUUGGUUUUUAUUCAAGGAAACAACUGUGGAGACAUGUAAUGAAGUAUUAAAAAGACGGAGAGGGAUCAAAGAUACUUUUAACAAGUACGAAAAGAAAAUCAAAAAUGAAAAACGAUCUGGUACAGGAGUAAAAUCUACCAAGGAAUACCACCUGUAUAAGCAGUUACAAUUUCGUAAAAAAAAAUUACAAAAUGAGAGAAAAGACAGAAUUAAUGAAACGAACAAUGAGAAUCAGGCACCUGGGCAAAAGAAUCAAGUAAUAUCCGAAAAAUCUCCAUCAAGACGUUACCAAAAGCAGCCGAAAAUGGAAGGCUAACGAUUUUCAGAUGACAUGUCUGUCUUUAAGGGAAUUCUACCAUCUCUGGAAAAAUUGGACGAUAACAAGACACUUAUCUUUCAAAGUCGAGUUCUCCAAGCUUUAACAGACUUACUUCAACCUGCAUAUCAAGACUACCCACAUCAUAAUUACUUCUAUCAGUCUAGCAACCAGACUGGCUAUCAAACUCAACAUUUCUAUGGCGAGGGUUUUUAUUUCUUUGGUCAGACAAGUCUAUACAUACUCAUUAAAAUUGUAGAAGGAAUUUCUCUUAACAAAGACGCCGUUGCUGGAGUUAUGGCUGCUGGUUGUGGUCAAGCACAGCUCAAUCAAUUUUUGUCUGGAGUAGGUUUACCCAAUAUGUCUGAUUUCACAUACAAUAAAAUGCAUAACGAUAUCCGUGUUGACUGGGAAGAGACUGCAUGGGAUGAGAUGAAAAAGGCUGGUGAAAGAGAAAAAUAA